AUGAAGGGCUACGCUAUCAUCUUCCUCAUUCAAGCACUUACGGCUGGUGUUUUGGCCUGUGACUGCGAUUAUCACCCCGGUGGCUGCACCAUCAGCAAGGCUCCCCCGGCGGGAUGGAAAUGCAAGUGCAGAUACAAGGGGGCCUGGACCUGUGACGGCCUCCAGAUCCAGUGUGAUGCUACGGAAUCUUGUCCCGUCAACUGCUUCAGCCGGGCUUGCUGCCUGGAGGGCGGUGGGGAUUGUGGAGGCUAUUAA